UGUUCAAGGAACCUCUGGAGGAGAUGAAGAUUGACACAAAACAAACCACAAAGCUGACUUUGCAGGAUGUUCUUGAAAUUGGUCCAGAAAGUUUAAUGACAGACAACUUUACUGAUGAUGAUGGAUUAUGGUAUUUUAUAAGAAGGCUUAUGUCUCUGAAUGGGGAAGCAAGAAACAUAAAUAAGCUUUUUAUGAAAUCAGUGGAAAGUAAGAAUAUUAGUACUGAUGACAGCUUCAUGUUUGUUGAUUCCGAAAAUGACUUAUUCAGUUACAUCCACCCUCUUGAUGUAGUUUCUGUUGCCUUUCAUUGCUCAGACCAUUUCCUGCAGCAAGAAAUUGUAUCUAAAAUGUUGAUGUGUCAGUUCGCUGUCCCUCUGCUACUUCCUGAUGUUGAUAGCCCAGAAUGCACCUUCAUGCUGUGGGCAAUGAGGGGCAUAGUAAAGAAAUGGCGACCUCAGUCAUUAGCAGACAGCAAAGGAUUUAUAGAGGACAGCUUGGUUAAUGUCACCAUGCCAACUAUCUCACUUGUAAGACUAGGGAAAUGUAGACUAUCAAAGUCAAAAAUUCUAAAUCAGCUUCUGGGCUCAAUGCAGCACCAACAUGAACAUUUUGUCCACAGGGACAUGGAAGGAGGAAAUGCUACAAGAAAAAUAUCAGAAGGGUUGGUGGAAAUUUCCUGGUAUUUUCCUGGUGGUAAAGGUAAAUUCCCAGAGCCCGUGGCAUUUACAAAUCUCAGAGGAAAGCUGGAGUCUAACCUAAAGCAGUUCAACUUUCUGACAGAAAUCUCAUCAGUCAUCGUGAUUCUUACAGAAGGUAUCAGUGAAGACCAGUAUGAACUGUUGAAGUGUAACAGCGACAACACAAAAUAUCUUUUCAUUAUUAGUCCAAAGGACAACAGAACAAUGAAGGACACAACAGAAAGACUAAAACUCCUGGCACCUGUGCUGAAUUUAACCCCAGACAAUGUUAUAUUGAUUCCAAGCAGUACAAACGAGACAACAGCUGGUUCGAAGCUGUAUUCAUCACUUCUGUCAUUAGUCCAAAGUGACCUCAAUACUAUCAGUCUAGAAACAAUGGCCGAACAAGCCUCCAGACAUGGGAUCCAGAUAGAUGAGGACUUUGAAGAAUGCCAGGCAGCAAAAUUGAAAGCAAAAGAGAUAACUGAUGAUAUAGAAGAUGUUGUGAGAUACAAGAAAGAAACAAUGAAACUACAAGCAGAACCACUAAGAAGAAUGGCCAAACUAGAAAAGGAGAUGUGCCAAAUGAAAGGGCAAGGGAACAGUAAUGGGGAGAAAUACAAAUCUAAUCUCAGAAAACAGUGUCACCGAAUAAGACAAGAACAAUGGAAAUAUGACAUUCCAAGCGGCAUAUCCAAGUUUGUUGAGGCAAUCACAUCAACAACAAAGAGAUCUGAAAAGUUGUUUUUCUUACAGUGGUUAAAAUUUCAUCUCGAUAGCGUGGCAAGAAAAUCCCUUCCCCCUUUACAAGCUCAAUAUAAAGAACAAUGUAAUUUGCCUGGCAACCAAAAAGUGCUUGCUGAGUUAGAUCAGAGGAUUUCUGACAGUUCCCUGGGCAUUGAGCACUUUCUGAGAGAAGUGGGUCAGUUCUAUGAAGCGUGGCAUUUCAUGGAGGAAAAUGGAAAAUCAACAGACAUGAACUUAGAACAUCUUCCUAAAAUAGCUGCAGAUCUUCUGUUGGAUGGAUUUCCUCUGGAACUGAUAGAUGGAGAUGCCUCCAGAAUUCCCUUACAGUGGAUAAAAGAUGUACUGACUGAGCUGGACAAGAAAAUAAAAGGAAAAGACAGACUGAGAGUAAUAACAGUUCUUGGAGUGCAGAGCACAGGGAAAUCCACCCUUCUGAACACCAUGUUUGGUUUGCAGUUCCCGGUGGCCAGUGGACGAUGUACACGAGGAGCCUUCAUGACCCUUCUGAAAGUGAAGGAAGAUUUGCAGGAGGAUUUGAUGUGUCAGUUCAUUUUGGUGAUUGACACUGAAGGAUUGAAAGCUCCCGAGUUGGAUUCUCUUGAUGGCAGCUAUGAACAUGAUAAUGAAUUGGCCACACUAGUGAUUGGAUUAAGUGACAUCACCCUAAUUAACAUGUCAAUGGAAAACACAACAGAAAUGAAAGAUAUUUUACAAAUUGUCAUCCAUGCUUUUCUGCGGAUGAAAGAAAUUGGGAAAAAACCCAACUGCCAAUUUAUACAUCAAAAUGUGAGUGACGUCUCAGCUCCUCUCAUGAACAUGAGGGGUAGGAAGAAGCUGAUGGACCAGUUAGAUGAAAUGACAAGAAUUGUGGCCGCUAUGGAGAAUAAAACUCAAUUUAAACAUUUUUCUGAUGUCAUGGAGUAUGACCUAGAACACGACAAUUGUUACAUUGCUGGUCUGUGGCAUGGAGUCCCACCGAUGGCUUCAGUCAGCAAUGCAUACAGUGAAAACGUCAAUGAACUCAAACAAAAACUACUGAAGUUCAUGGAAGACAGACAUAAUAAGACACAAAACAUCAAUGAAUUCAUGUCUUGGGUAUCUAAUUUAUGGAGUGCGGUGAAACAUGAAAACUUUAUAUUUAGUUUCAGAAACAGCUUGGUAGCCAAAGCCUACAACCAGCUAUCUAAACAAUAUUCUGAACACGAGUGGAAAUUCAGUAAACUGAUGCAUGAAUGGUUCACUAAAUCCGAGACGCUGAUCAAGAAUCAGUCUGCUGAAACACUGGAAGCCAAAGCCAAUGAUUGCUAUAAGGAAGCAGAAAUUAUUCUCACAAGAGAGGAGAAAAAGAUUUUAGCUUGGCUACACGAGUAUUUUAUUAAAGAGACAGAUUGUGCCCAAAUAAUAAAAUACAAAACAGACUUUGAGAUCAGUGCUCAAAACUUAAGAAAAAACCUUGAAUCAUCUUCAAUCAACAAACUUAAGGAAGCUGUUCAGAUCCAAAAAGAACAAAUCAGGAUACAACAGUUAUACAGUCAGCACGUUGAAAGAAUUGAACAAAAGGUCUCCAGCUUUAUAGAAGAUUGUAGAAAGAAGAAGCACAAGCUCAGUAAUGAUGAAUUGGAGGCGGAACUUGAAAGAAUCUGGAAAGAUGCCGUCAAAGAUCUAGAGGUGACUCACCUGCCAAAACGUGACAUUGAGGGAUCAAUGUUACUAGUGCUCACCAAGGACAUGAAUGAGAAAGGUUCUGGUGUGAAUGAAAAAUUACAGCAGACAAAACAUUUUCCCAAACCCAAGGAGCAGCAGAAUACAUCAAUAUUUACACAAUUUUAUCAAAUAAUUCGAAGACUGAAAAGGAAUUUUCAGUAUGAUGAUUUUUUCAAGCUUGUGUUGCGUAAAUGCAUUAGGUAUUCAACAGAACAAAGAGAAAAAGAUGUUGACUACGAUGACACAUACUGUAGGGGUGUAUUGAAUAUAAUUGAUGAAACCUGUAAACAUGGUGAUGCAAAGAAUUAUUUUUCAGCUGAUCGGGAAUUAGAAUUGAAGUUGGAGAUUUUGGGACACGUUCUUGGUGAUUUUAAGAAAAUGCAUUUACAAUUUUUAAAAAAUAAUGAUCCUCGUGCCAAACUCGAAUCACUGAAGCCGCUUUACUUUGAUACAUUCAAAAAUGUUUUCCAGAAGAAAAAUAAAAGCAAAAGCCUCGCUGAACGGAUCUGCAAAAAUUGUUUUAAACCAUCGAUAACUGAUCAUAUUAACAGAAAACUGGGAAUAGAAAUGGUAGAUGACAUCGCAAAUAGCAAAGGUUCUGAGAAAUAUUCCUCUCGAAUGUUUUUCCAGUUCACUGUCUUAGAGAGUCUCCUGGAGGAAAACAACUUUGAAAACUAUGUUGAAUACUCAAGUGACUACAAAACCUUUGUAAAAUCCUGGAUAACUAACUACAUUGUGAAGGAAUAUAAAAAUAUUGGUACUUUACAAGCCAAACUUCUGUCUGAUAUCAUGAAACGAGUCAGAUUGAAUCUCCAAAAUCCCCCAGCUUUAAACCUCCAGCAUGUUUCAGAUUUUUUGGCCCAUCUGUGUGAGGAGUUGAACAGUGAUCUGGUAUUGUCGCAGCAGACAAUGAAGGCAAUUAUUUUUGAAAAUUCAGGAACUAUUGAGGAUUUUAUUGAAUAUAUGAGGAACAGUCUGACUGACAUAGAAGAACAGAUCAGAGAAGAAAUGAAAUCUUUAAGUACAGAAGAUGUUCUUGCCAGACUUAAAGUGAAGCCUCAGGAUGAACUGUUUAAGAAGGUGUUUGGAUGCGGGAAGCAAUGUCCGUUCUGCAAAGUCCCCUGUGAAGCUGGAGGGACGGACCAUAAAGAGCACUUUGCAUCCGUACAUCGCCCACAAGGACUAGGAAGAUACAGAUGGGCAACAACAGAAGUUCUUUGUCAUGAUAUUUGUUCUACAUUAGUGGUUGGUAAUGCACAUUUUAAGAAUGGACUGACAGGAGAGAAAUAUCAUCCUUACAAAGAGUAUAGAGAUCACUACCCAGACUGGAAAAUCCAACCUGAUGAGAGUAUUGAAGCUUCUGACUACUGGAAAUUUGUUCUGAAAGAGUACAAUGAGGAGUUUGCAGAAGAGUAUAAAGCUAAACCAGCCAAAUAUCCUGAAGAAUGGAACACUCUGAGUGAGGAGAUGGCAAAGAAAAGUCUCCAGAAAACCUUCAAUAUGUGAAAAG